UCGCUCCAUCUCCCUCGCACGCUUUUCGCUGUGCUGUGAAUUUCUUUUUUUUUUUAUUUGUAUUAAGCAAAUUGUUUAAACAAAUUGCAGAAACUAGGCCUUGAUGGCGGUGUAAUCGAAUAUCAGUUGUAAACAAACGAAGUAAAAGGGCGGGAAGUGCGACAUAAACAUUGGGGAUUCCGUAUUUGCAACAUGAGUGCGACCAAUCAGCGAGUCAACAACAACAACAUGGCGCACCUGCAACAAAAAUCUUCAUGUUGACGUCAACAAAGUGAAAUCCGAUCAAAGAAUCGAACCGAUAAACAAGACACAAGAGGAAGAAUCACGGAUUGCCAGGUGAAGAGGAAAUUCCGAGGACGAGGAUCACCAGGAUCACCCCCAACCCCAUCCAGACCAUUCAGAUCAGGAUGUAUUCCGAGUGGGCCUCGUUGUCGGCCCAAAUCACGGCCAACAGCUGCGGUGCGCAGUGCUUCAGUGUCCUCAAUAAAUUUCCUGCCUCCGCCGGACGCGAAGUGGUCGUCUCCGUUGUCAAGCAGCUGGGCACCAACUUGGGAAUCACCCAGAACGCAGAGCCCAGUCACCUGGUUAAGGACGAGGAGGUAAAAUGGUGCAUGGACGUAAUCUGCUUUGGACUCUCGCUGCCGCUGCAGGAGCACGAGACGAUCAAGGACUGCGUGAACGUGUACUGCGAAUGGCUGACGGCGCUGCAUCCGCAGCCUAGGAUUAGUGUGCCUAAGCCGAUCUGUGAGGAUGCCAAUCUAUAUGCCCGCCAGAUCAUCAACCACUUCCACAACCUUUUUGUGCCGCGCCAGGGCGAAAUCUUGCCAUUUCUAUACCAAACCACGCUUGGUGCAGACACUAUUAAACGGCAGGCAGUUCUUUGCCACCGGGUGCUUCGAACUCUUCAGCAAACUGCUCAGAUAUCGCAGCUGAUGGACCGGCAGACGUGGGAUACCCUGCUCCUUUUUCUACUGGCUAUCAAUGAGAUCCUGCUGGCUCCACCCACUGUUAAGGACGAUGUAGGUGAUCAGCUGUGCGAGCGGGUGCUCUCGGUGCUCUUCGAGGUGUGGCUUUUGGCCUGCGUUCGAAGCUUUCCAUCACCGUCGAUGUGGAAGACUUUGCAGGAGUCAUGCGCGAUGUGGAGACACCGAGUUGCCCUUGUAGACCAAUGGAAUCGGGUUAAUCUGGCCCUUACCGCUCGGCUACUGGAGUUCAGCUAUGGUCCCGCGUUUCCCCAGCUCAAAAAUGCCGACGAGGAUGGCCAGCUGAUACCAAUUGGCAUGUCCAACGACUGUGUGGCCCAGACCUGGUAUCGCUUUCUACGGAUGAUUGGCAAUCCUACGGCCCUCUGUUCACCGCAUAUCAUCAGCAAAUCAUCGCACUUUGUGCAGUGGGCAUUGACCCAUGAAAAGGGCGCCGAGACGCAUCAGCAUCCUUGCCUGCAGCAACUGCCGCAGAUCUUCCUCAAUGCAAUGAAGGGCAUCUCCAGUCAGGUGGAUGCAUUUCUGGGCGUUUAUCAGCCGCCGCCGCAUCAAACGGAAGGUGUGGUGACGAAUCUGCUGGAAAUCCGGCAUUCGCUCAACGAGGCCACCUCCACAACCCUUCAGCAGUUCAUCCAUUCGAGCAGCGCAACGAAUAUAGCCAACAACAACCAACAGAACCAACAGAGCCAUCACCAUCAUCAUAUCCACUAUCCGCAUUUGCACUUACAUGGUGCCGGCAGCUUUCUGCGGGACAAUUUCAUGAGUAACUCGGCCAGUUCCGCUCUGAACGCCAUCAUGGGUCAUCAUGGCAGCCACCACCAUCACCAGCAUCAGCAGCAACAGCAGCUCCAGAUUAGUGCCUCGCCCACCAGCAGCCUUUCCACGGGCGGCAAUUCAGCCGUGGGCAGUACAAGUGCCGGUGGCAGUCACUCCGCCGGAGUCGUCGGCAGCAUCUCCUUUGGCACCACUGAAACGGCCGCAAUGGGUCUAACUGCCACCGCCACGCCCACACCGCCCCUGCAGCGACGUCUAGCCAAAAGCUUCAGCGUGGCGCCCACCAUCACACAGCAGAAGGGCUUGAGCAAGACCUCGCUUAUUGGCCUCACCGGCGGCGGUGCACGCAAUGCGAUCAGCAGCAGCACCACCACCUCCAGCACCAUCGCUGCCAGCACCACCAGCGGUGCCUCCUCCUCCUCCUCCACGGUUGCCAUCGGUGGCUCUGGCGGCGGAGCGGGAAUCCCCGCCGGUCCGGGAAUACCCGGCAGUACGGGAACGGGCGCGGGUGGCGGAUCCGCUCCAGUCCCAGUGCCCACAACUCCCACGUCCACGUCGGGUCCGCCGUCGGCGAGCAGCAGCAUCAACUCUCUGCCGCUGACUUCAAUGGGAGCUGGCGUUGAGCUGGCCGUGGCCAGGCCCAAGUGCAACAGCAUUCUCCAUGUAUUCCACGAGUGGCUCUUCGAGGCGGCGCACAUCGGCGGCGACACUUGGCGUCAGAACCGCAAGAAGCAAGCAUGCGAGGCCAGUAAGCGGCCGUCGUCGAUGAUCAUGGAGCAUCGAAAGGGAUCGAUUUCCCUGUCGCAGCCCAACUCCCUGAACGAUCCGCAAUCGCUGCCGCCCACAUUGACUAUCGAUAAGUAUGAGUCCGGAAGGGCAGAGGCCAUUGGAACGCUGUGCAAGAUCUUCUGCGCGAAGAAGACGGGCGAGGAGAUCCUGCCCGUCUAUCUGGCUCGCUUCUACAUGGCUCUGCAACAGUGCCUGAAGAUCACAGAGUCGCGGGAGUGCGACGAGACGUUGGCCAGCAUUCUGCUGCACUCGAGUGACCUGUUCCGCUUAGAUCUUGAUGGGAUCAAUGUGCUGCUGCCAGGCUUCAUUGCUGCCCUGGAAAUCGUACUGCCCGAUAAGGACCUCAAGCUGAAGACACAGUCGAUGGUCUUCAAUCGCACCGAGCUGCGCCGCUCGGCCAUCAACAUUCUGCUGUCGAUCAUGGUGCUGCCGUUGCACUACCAGACGCUGCCCAUCAGGGAUCUUACCAGCGAAACGAGCGAGAAAAUGUUCACCUUCAUCCAGCUGAAGUCGCGGCUGAUGAACAUCCUGAUGAAUGCCCUACAGGUGGAAACGGAUGCCCAAAACACGCACAUGCUUCUGGGUGGCCUGCUGCUUUGCGUCCAGGAUGCAGUUACCUUCGAGGAGACAGAACUGGGUGGCGGCAAUGCCAAUCUCUCGCACAAUUCCAGUGGUGUUCAGCACCAUGAGGCGAAUCUACUGAGUUCCGCGUGCUCGGAGCGUUCCGCUUCGCUGGUCAGCGCUGGCACGGCCAGCUUGGGUGGCCAGACGACGGCCACCAUGGGAGCGGGAUCGGGCUCCAUUCGCGACACCGCAUCCGCUCAUGAUUAUCCCAGUCUGACCAUUUCCGAUGACAUGUCAUUCGAGUUCGGCCAGGAACUGGAGGGCGUUACCACCUAUGAUAACGCCCAUGCCUUAUUUGUGCGCGCCACAUAUUUGGUCUGUCACCGCCUGAUCUCGUCGUGGAAGACGGAUCUCAAUGUUUCGUUGGCCGCCUUGGAGUUGCUGUCUGGACUGGCCAGGCUACAUAUCCGGGAAACAGACACAUUAGUGAAAAUAUACGAAGCUAGUCAGAAUCUAACGAUAAUCUCCUCAGACGCUCUAGAGUGCAAGCGGGCCGUGAAGUGGAUCUGUGACUAUAUCUGCUACCAGUGCUCUCGCCCGCCGCCGGCGCACAGCAAGGAUCUGCACAGCACCAUUGUGGCGGCCUUCCAGUGCACCGCCGCCUGGCUGAUGCAGCAUCCCUAUUUGCUGCAGGACAAGGAUUGCCUGCAAACGGUCCUCGAGGUGGUGGAGCUGGGCAUUUCGGGCACCAAGAGCCAAAGUAAAGGCACGGAUAUACCCAAGUUUAAGGACGAAAAGGAGCUUAAGCCGGCCUCGAUGAGGGUUCGGGAUGCUGCGGAGAAUUUGCUGACCAUUAUCCUAGAGCAAGUGGGUUAUUUCCCCAGCGAAUGUGGGCCGGAGUCCAUAUCCUCGCUGUUGGAUGAGCUGGCGCUCAUGAAGCACUGCAAUUCCAUGGUACCGGCGGCGGCGGCCAGCAGUGAGCAAGCCAUUGCCAAGUUCAAGUACUUUGUCACCGAGAACUCUACCAUACUGGCACUCCUCGAGGAGCCGCUGGGCAAUGACCAGGAUCCCCAGCCAACAGUGACUUUGCUAAUUCGCGGCCCCUUUGGUCGACAUGCCUGGACCAUGCAGCUGCGCCACCUACCGCGUAGUAAAUCUGGAAUUAAAUACCAUGCCGUGAACCCUGGACGACCCAUACCCAUGAACGAUGUGACGCAGCGGCUGGAUUGCGAGCAAAAGAAUUUCCCAGACGGCGUUGACAAGGUACAGCCCUGUGUAGCGGACUACUCCAUACCCACCAUCGAACAAAUGCGGGAGCAAUACGGCACGGCUAGCAUUCGGGAGCUGGAGUCCAUGCUGGAGAACCAAAGCAUACACGAGAAGUUGGCCUGGGCAGAGGCGGACACUAGUGCGGAUAGUUUGUCGCACGCUCAAGAAUGUGUUCCUCCAGCAGUAUGCCACGAGUUCCAUGCGGCACGUCUCUUCCUCUCACACUUCGGAUUCCUGGGAUUCGAGACUCGAAAUCCACACAACCCGGCUGAGGCACUGGGUAACCCGCCACAGCGACCGCUUAUCGUGCUAGACACCAAGUCUACGGCCUUUGCCGCCGAUCUGGAUCGUCUGGAUAAACUGAGUGCCAGGACUCACGACACUGUCUAUGUGUUCUACGUGAAGAGUGGCCAAACGAGUGCCCAGCAGAUCAUCGCCAAUAUGGCCGAGGAGCAGUCCGCCGGUCAUGACCCGCAUUUUGCUAGCAUGCUGCAGACGCUCGGCUGGCCAGUUCAGGUUUCGGAGCACUCUGGCUGGACUGGCUUUGCUCACAAUUCGUGGUCACUGAAGGGAACGCCCGAGGAACAGCUGAAAUCCACUGCCAACGAACUUAACUAUAAUGGCUCGCAGAGGGUGCUGUACUGGGCGGAUGUAUCUUCGGAAAUCGCUUUCGUGGUGCCCACCACGUGGAAUCUGCGGUACAAUAGCGACACAAGCGAUGGUGGCAGUAUCUCAAGCACGGAUCAGAUAAGCUCCAGCAAUGUGUGGGCACGUGGAGAGUCCGAAAGUGCGGCUGUCUUGGCGAAAUCAAAGUCAAGGAAUCUCAGUCUGGAGUUGGACACGAAUCGCAGGGAUGCCAAGGAGCCAGUGCCGCCGACGCGUCGAAAAGGAAAUGUGACGAAGCCCACGUUACUGGCCCAGGCUCCGGCCAAGAUCUUUCUGGUAUGGCUGGAGAGCUACGAGGACUACCUCAACUUUCCUCUGGAGGAUGUGUUAGCCUAUACGCGCACUGGCGAGGAGUUGCAUACACUGCAGCUUCCCCGUGCCUCCGACUGCCACGUGAUCUUCGUGCACUCGCUGCUUUCUGGACUCCUGAGAGUAAAACUGCAGGGUCCUCCGGGAAGGAUGAGCUUCGCUACGCCCCUGGUCGAUGGUAUGGUGCUGAGCCGGCGAGUUGUCGGAAACCUGGUGCGACAGACGGCACUGAACAUAUCACGUCGCCGGCGUCUGGACAAUGACAAUUACCAACCUCCGCAUGUGAGACGACGACUCAAGGUGCAGGACAUCGUCCAGAAGUACAAAAUGGAUCUAAGCGAGGCCGAGCUGCUGGCCCAUCUGUUCCAACGUGCAAUUUAGCCGGAUAUUGAAAGUAUUAUUAACCCGGAUUACUUAGGAUUAGCGCCAGCAAAGUGGUCCCGUCUCUGUCUGUAUUAACGUGUGCUUAACUAAACACCCACAAACUGAUUCGUAAUCGGUGUCCACUGAGUGUUACCCGAAAUACAUAUGUAUAAUCGUAUUCUAACAAUUAUUUUUUGCUAAUAAAUCUAAUUAUACUUUGUAAAAGUAUUUGUAAUAUUA